AUGGAUGAUUCUAGUGGAGUAAAGUUUCAACAAGGUGAUGCUUCAGAACCUACUUCCAAAAUUUUCAAAUUAUUGGAAGAUGCUUCACAACAACUUUAUCCAGGUUGUGAUACAUUCUCUAAGUUAUCACUGAUUGUGGAAUUGUUCCAAAUCAAAUGCCUUCAUGGUUUGAGUGAUAAAGCAACCGAUAGCAUAUUGAAAUUGAUCAAACGAGCACUUCCUUCUGGUGAAACUUUACCAGAGUCAUUCUAUGGAGCAAAAAAAAUGAUUCAAAAUUUAGGUCUUCGGUAUGAAAAGAUACAUGCUUGCGAGAAUGAUUAUAUGUUAUUUUGGAAAAAAAAUGCAAAAGCUGAAUCUUGCUUGGUUUGUGGGGAGUCUAGGUGGAAGUCAGUGGAAGGCCAAACAACUGAUGGAGCUAUUCAAGGAAAGAAUGAGAACAAAGUUCCUCGAAAAGUGUUACGUUACUUUCCCUUGAAACCAAGAUUGCAGAGGUUGUUUGUGUCAUCAGAAAUUGCUUCAGACAUGGCAUGGCAUCAUGAUCGGCGCUUAAAAGACGGGGUUCUAAGACAUCCAGCAAACUCUGAAGCAUGGAAACAUUUUGAUACAACUAAUCCUAGUUUUGCUAGAGAUCCACGUAAUGUUAGACUUGGAUUAGCAUCUGACGGGGUAAAUCCUUUUGGUAACUUAAGUAAUUCUCAUAGCACUUUGCCAGUGAUUAUUACUGUAUAUAACUUAUCCCCUUGGAUGUGCAUGAAGCAACCCUAUUGCUACUUGUCUUUGUUGAUACCUGGUCCUAAAGCCCCUGGAAAUGAUAUCGAUGUGUACUUAGAACCAUUGAUAGAUGAGUUGCGAGAAUUAUGGUAUUAUGGAGUCGAUACAUUUGAUGCUUCAAGAACAGAGAACUUUUGUAUGCGAGCAGCACUCUUAUGGACUAUCAAUGAUUUUCCAGCUUAUGUAAACUUGUCUGGAUGGAGCACAAAGGGAGCUUUGGCUUGUCCUUCAUGCAACAAAGACACUCCAUCUACUCGAUUGAAGUAUGGUCGUAAGUUUUCUUACAUGGGUGGUCGGAGGUUUUUAGCAUCUAAUCAUAAGUGGCGGAGUAAUAAACAUGAUUUCAAUGGAGAAGUUGAAAGAAGACCUGCUCCAAAUAUUCUAUCAGGAGAUGAUGUUGUACGCCAACUGCUUGCUUUGGGAGACAUGAAAUUUGAUAUUGAAGGAAAAACAAAAGAUAAUUUGAAUGCUCGUUGCGAUUUGAAGGAAAUGGGUAUAAGAAGAGAUUUACAUCCAACUUAUAGAGAUGGAAGAUGGUAUUACCCAGCAGCAUGUUAUUCUUUAUCACGAGAUGAGAAGUCUAAAGUAUGCAAGUUCUUGAAAGUGGUUAAGGUUCCAAAUGGUUAUUCUUCUAAUAUAUCACGGUGGGUGAAGUCAGAGGAUCGUAAAAUUAAUGGAUUAAAGAGUCAUGAUUCACAUAUUUUAUUGGAACAACUGCUUCCUCUUGCAAUUCGUGGAGUCGUGCCAAGCAAUGUCUAUGAUGCUAUCACCGAGUUAAGUAUUUUUUUCAAAGAAUUGUGUUCGGAAACACUAAGGGUUGAUGUGUUGGAUCAACUUGUAGCUCAAAUUCCAAUAACACUGAGCAAAUUGGAAAAAAUAUUUCUACCAGCAUUUUUUGACGUUAUGGUUCAUUUAGUCAUUCAUCUUCCAAGAGAGGCUAAGCUUGGCGGACCUGUACAAAAUAGGUGGAUGUAUCCUAUUGAGCGAUUUUUACACAUAUUGAAAUGUUAUGUUCGUAAUAGAAAUCAUCCGGAAGGGUGUAUGACAGAAGGGUAUAUUGUUGAAGAAUGUAUAAUACUUUGCUCAAGAUAUUUACAUGGAAGUGCAAAAUGGCAUAAUCGAAUGGAAAACAAUCAUGAAGUUGAUCAUGCUGAGAAAUAUAAUGGAUUAUCAGUAUUUGAACAAAAGGGUUCUCCUUUAUUAAGAGAUACAUCAAGAAAUCUUGAAGAAUUUGAGCUAAAACAAGCUCAUCUUUAUGUCUUGAGAAAUUGUGAAGAAGUUCAACCAUUUCUACGUGAAUAUGAGAAGAGCAAUAAGAGCAUGAACUUUGAUGAUUGGUUUUUCCAUCGAAUUGUCCAAAUGCGCAAAGAAGAAAAUUCACUUGCAAGUUGUGAAUUGUAUUCUUUAGCUAGAGGUCCUUUUGAUGGAGUUCAAAGAUUCAAGGGGUAUGAAAUAAAUGGUUUUAGAUUUCAUACUAAACUACUCGAGGAAAAGAGGAAGACGCAAAAUAGUGGUGUUUUAGUAAAAGGAGUGGUGAAUGGUCAAAAUAUCAAUUACUAUGGCGUUCUAACUGAAAUAGUAGAACUUCAAUAUUUCGGAGGUAAGCGCAUUGUUUUGGUUAAGUGUGAUUGGUGGGAUGUUGAUAAGAGUGGAAAUGAAGUGAAAAUAGAUAAACAUGAUUAUGUUAGUGUUAACACUAAGAGAAAAUUAGCUACAAAUGAACCAUUUGUACUUGCAUCUCAAGUAGAACAAAUUUUUUAUGUUAAGGAUAAUCUUCAUCCCAAUUGGUCAAUUGUUUUGAAUGGUCAUUCUAGUUACUUUAUUGGAGGUGCUAUUGAUGAAGAUACCUUUCAACAAGAUGCUUGUAAUGAUUUCUCGCAUAGAUUUGAGGAUGAUGAAGACUUCAUAAAUUGGAAAAGAAAUGAUUUGGAUGUUAUUAGCAUUGAUGUUACUGUAGCUGAUGAUAUCACUGAAGACAACGAAUCAGAAUCAGAAGCUGAUGAUGAAGAUUUAUUAUUGUAA